UCUUCUCUUGCAGGAGCUGAACCUUGAGUCCUGCUCUGCUGCUCUAUGCUCACUGGGGGAAGGCCUGGAAGGACAUCUUGGACUAUUGGUACUGCUUCAUGCAGUUCAAUGUUCUGAGGUCAUGAAACUUAAUCCACAGCAAGCUCCGUUAUAUGGCGACUCUGUUAUUACAGUGCAGCUGACUGAGGAAGAUAAGGUUGAAGAUGAUGUAGUUUUCUACUUGAUCUUCACUGGGUCAACUGUCCAGCACUGCACAAGCACUAGAAAGAUUAAUCCUGGGAGUCUGGAGACAAUUUCUCCUGGCCAUGACUGCUGUGAGACCGUGAAGGUGGCACUUUGUGCUUCUAAGGAAGGUCGCCCUGUUCUGGUGGUGGCAGAAGAGAGCUUCAAGUUCAUCCAGGAUGAAGCUUACGAUGCAGCCCAGUUUCUGGCCACCUAUGCAGGGAACCAGCAGGCACUAAACUUCACCCGCUUCUUGGACCAGUCGAGACCACCUGCUGCAGAUGUGGAUAUUUUGGAUGAGAAAGUAGCUUUGGCAUUUCGACACCUGAAACUACCUGCAGAAUGGAACGUGCUGGGAACAGAUCAGUCCCUCAACGAGAACGUCCCUCGGGAGACGCUGAUGCACUUUGCGGUGAGGCAGGGCCUGCUGCGGCUGACGUGGUUUCUGCUCCAGCAGCCAGGAGGAAGAGGAGCGCUCAGCAUCCACAACCGCGACGGCGCGACACCCGUGAGCUUGGCCUUGGAGAGGGGCUACCAGAAGCUGCACCAGCUUUUGACUGAAGAGGAAGCCACAGCGCCCGACUCGUGGAGCACCCUGUCUCACACUGUGCACACUGGGGACUACUGUGUCAAGCACCACCAGCAGCUCGAUGUUUACACGCUGACGGCUGAAACCAAGGAAGGGAAAAAGGCCAACCUGGAGAGUGACAUACGGCAGCUUCAGAUGCACAUGCAAAGCCACCGGCACACGCAGAGUUCAAGGAAGCGGACAAAGACUGUACGGGGAGCCUCUGGAAAUAGCUGUGGCAAUGGAGCUGAACCAGUUGGUCACUCAACUACUUCAUCUCAAAGCCUAGAAGAAAUGCCAGGAGGAGGAAGGAAGGAAAGUCCACCUGAUGUCCUUCACCUUGACAGUGGGCAGCUCUCAGACCAAGCCCACCAGGAGGACGAGUGCCCCAGUGGAUCACUGAUAACUUGUGUUACCAAUGCACCAAAUGGCUCGCUGGGUCUGGGGGUGGUGGAGAGCCCAGAGUGCUCCUGUGAAAGCAAAAAUACAGUGACGUUGUGUAAGAAGGAAGAGGAGGGGCCAGACUCUGCUCAGAGCUCCGGGACUGUAUCUGAUGAGAAUGGCUGCACAGUGAGCCCGUGUGCAGGCAUCAACGGUGCUGUAAAUCUCCCAUCCUGUGGAAAUACAAAUGAGAAAGCUGGAAUGACAUCUGCUGGAGUUGUUUUGGAUCAAGCCGGCUUGUGCAGUAAAGAUAGCACCCAUCAGGAAGUGGGAGCUGCUGAGGAGCGUGCAGCUGAAAGCACUGUUGCUGUGGUUGAAACUACCGGUGAAGCCCCAGCUUCCCAAGAGGGUGUGGAUGUGGCCAUGGGCCAGACUGAGUGCAGGAACUGUGCUGGGGCAGCUGAGAGGGCGCCAGGCCAGCGGCAGGUAGAGGAUGGGAUGGCUGAGACCCCUGCAACGAGGACUGCAGAUCCAGAAGAGCCACAACCAGCUGAGGAAGAGCCUACAAGUGCUGCUCAGCCCUUGCUUGAUGGCUUUAAUGGCACUGAGUGUGCAGGUGGAAAGGAUGCAAAUGUGGGAGUGGGAUCAGCGUGUGACAGUACAAAUGCAAAUGUUGAUGCUGAUGUCUCUGUUGGUCUUUGCAAGAGUGGUGAUAACGAUAAGACUGGAGUCCCAGGCAUUGAUCUGGUAAGCAAUGGAGUUUUGCAAAGCCAAGGUGGUGCCUGUGUCAAGGAAAGGCAGAGAGGCACUGCGAGCACCAGGGCACCAUUGACAGCAGUGAAUGGAGCAAAAGUACCUGUGUCUGCACCUGUGUUUCCUGAUGUGGAAAGCCAAGCCAGCAGUGAAAGUGUGGAGCCAGAAGGGCAGGUGAAAGCGGGUAGCACAAAUGGCAAAUCCAGCUCUACCUCCUUGGAAGACAGCGUGGAAACUGAUGGCCCUUAUGUUGGAGCUGAAAAGGGCGAUAUUGGUAGAACUAAACAAAGCAGUGAAAAACCCACGCAUUGCCAGGGGUGCAGUGACAUUGCUGAGCAUACAAGCAAAGCCAUGGAGGGCAGCAGAGCACACAAAGAGGAGCCAGUGGGAACUGAUACCAGCAGCAGCAGAGAGGGAGGAAGUGUGGAUUCUGCAGACAGAGCUCAGGAAGUUGCGAGCUGCUGCCCUCCUGUUGAUCAAACUAUUGUUAAUGAUGAAAUGGGGGACAAGUUAAAGCUGGAUGGCACUCAAGGGAGUGAGCAGGAGCCCAGAUUGCUCCCUCUGGAGGAUGCGAGCACGUUCUCAGCAGGGAAGGAGCCUCCAAAAGCUGAAGAGAGAGCAGAAACUGCUCCAGGGCAAGCGAUGCCCCGUCCUGAUGCAGAGAACCUGGCUGAGGGUCGGACAGGAGAUGCUGCAGUGGCACCUCCUGGACAGGAGACACCCAUGUGCAGUAAUGACCCCGUUUUACCUCCAUGUGCCAAGGGCGCAGACUGUACAGAGGAUAAUUUUGUAGGCACACCCUUUGUAAUUCGUAAUGAAGAAUCUAAACAAAAGCAGGAAGUGGCAGCAGCAGGCUCGGCUGAGCUGGCCCCGCUGCACGGCCAGGAGCAUGGUGGGGUGGCUGGCGUGCUGGAGGACUAUGCGGGGGCCCCAGGCCCUCCCAUGCAAAGCCUACAGCCUCGUGUUGAAGAAGACACAGCCAAGCCUGAGCGGGAGGCCUCAGACAGCAGCCAGGAGCAGGUUUUGUCAGAGAAUCUGUUUGCCACGGUUGUGAAAUCCUCUGUCGGCAGUACAGAGAGGCCCUCAGCCAGCAGUGAUGCGGGUGCUGGGCUGAAAGAGCUGGGCCCCAACCAGGCUGGGACAGCAGGAGCAGGAGAUAGCAUCAUGCAAGGAACUGGGCCAGCAGCAGGGAGUAACCCUUGUCUGGAUGCAGGGCUGCCCCAGGAGCAUGGUCCAAGCCUGCAACGCAUCUCCCCACGCAGCAGCACCCCUGAAUUGAAGGAUGCUUCAGAAAUGGAAGCCCCGAGCCUUGCUUUUGAGGCUGAGGAAACGUUACAGAUAGCGGCGAUAACCUCCAUCACAGGGUAUGAGGAAGAGCAGGGGGAGAUGGAAAGUGUCCUUCCCAGAGCUACGCUGCAGCCCAUUGCAGAGGAGCCCAUGUGUGACAGCGACUCCAGCAGUGACACUGUAGGUCCAGGAGGUGAUGGUGAUUCUGCUCCUGCUUUGACAGCGGCACAAGGGUUGGUCACAGCACAGCCUGAGGGUAAGCAAAGCCAAGGCAUAUCGGAGCCAACCCCUUCACCCUGCUCCUCUGGCUUCAAUGCUGUUGAGUCACCCGAGCAUGUGGGAGUAAAGAGUUCAGUUUCGGCAGAUGAUGGCUCUUCUCUGGAUAAAGUUCCUAAAAUGGUAAAAAGUUUUGAUGCCGUAGUUUUUGCAACUGAGACCCCUUCAUCUCCUGGCUUACCAGCUGAAGGAAAAGUGGGGCCUGAGCCCCAGCCUACAGUGGAUGUGGCAGCUGGCCUUAAUGGAGAGGCGGAUUUAAGAUCCUCUGCCAGGAAGGACGUCAGCCAGGCCAUCCACGCAGCCAAGCCUGCCACAGGGAAGUUGGAAAUGAAAACUGAAGAUGAGGUGGAUUUCAUGAAGGAUCCCAAAGAGAGCACAGCGCGCGAGGAAGCGAUAAACCGUGAAAGUUGGUGCUCACUGGAGCCAUGUCCGGACUCUUCGCUGCUGGAGCGCAAGCGGACAGGAGAGUCUCCAGAGUGUGAGAACUUCUUGGAGGAUGGGCUGAGCAGCGUCUGUGCCUCAUCACAGGGUGUCCUUAAAAGAGAGUCUGGCAGCGAGUCUGACUUCUUCUCCUUGCCUGGUGAUGGGAUGGAAGAUCUUGUCUUCGGCAAGCAGCCUGAAGAGGAACAGUCUGUAGGAGAUGUCACCAGCUCCAGCUCCUCUGCUGAUGACACCGUGUCCUUGGAGAGGAACUCGUCCCUGGGCAGCGACACGUCCCUGCCCUUCCCACCUGCAGUGAGCUUCACACAGCCCAAGGACAGGCGCAGCCUGGAUGGGAGCUGCACGAGCAUGGUGGCUGUGGAGGGAGGAGAGGGUGAACUCUCUGGCUUGGGAGAGAAGGAAGAGGAGCUGGACAGUAUCACAGACGUGCCUGCUCCUUCCUCUGUUUCAAGAAACACAAUGCGGCCGCUGUCACCUUUCCGUCGCCACAGCUGGGGGCCGGGGAAGAAUGCCACCAAUGAAGCAGAAAUCAAUCAGAGGAGUUCAAUGCGAGUUCUGGGGGAUAGUAUAAAGAAGCCUCCCAUUCAUAGGAGAAGUUUGAGCUGGUGUCCCUCUGGUGUGCAGUUCGCUGCCAUGGGUCCUGACUUUAAUUGUAGAAGUUACAGCCUAGAAGGCCUUGCUGGAGACUCUGGUGAGAACAAGAAGCCCUCUGCAAACAUGGAGGCUGCUUCUCUGAGCUCCAAGGAGCUCCCACGGAGCACACUCACCAGCAACCAGUGCGGCUCCCUUGUCCUGCUCACUGAAGAACUUGAGCAAGGGGAAAUCAGAGACUAUGAUCACCAGAUCCAUCAAGCUCCACAUCCACAAGGAUUUAAUUUCUGCAAUUCCUCCGUUUCAUCUUCACUGACCAAAUCUGUGUCUUUAAUGUCAAUUAGUAAACCAUCGCUGGACACCCAGGGCCGGACUCGACCAUCGAGACGAAUCUCCUUCUCCUUCAGCAUCUCUCCACUCAUUCCUAAGUCUAAAACUCUCUUUUCUAUUGGCUCUUCUUCCAGUGAUGAGGAGGAGGAGCUGGAUAGUACUCAGGCAUUCGGUGGCCCCGCGGGUUCCUUGGUUCAGAGCAUAUCUGAAGAAAGCAGCAGCGUCCCCUCUAUUAAAAGUGGAACAAAAGUCAGUCGCACCUUCAGCUACCUCAGGAAUAAAAUGUCCAGCAGCAAGAAGAGCAAAGAAAAAGAGAAAGAUAAAGAGAAGACUAAAGAGAAGGACAAAGAUUCCAAGGAAAAGGAGAAAGAUAAGAAGAUGUUAAAUGGACAUCUCUUCACUGCAACCUCCGUUGUAGCCCAAGCAAUCUGUUACCACUGUAUGAAACCUUUCAAUAAGGAUUCGUACUACUGUGCAAACUGCAAUGCAAUUGUUCACAAAGGCUGUAAGGAGAGCUUUGCUUCCUGUGCAAAGGUGAAAAUGAAGCCACAGAGAGGAAUGCUGCAGUCACAUGAUACCUCUUCAUUACCCACAGUGACCAUGAGAAACAAAGGCUCACAACCCAAGGAGCGCCCUCGCUCUGCAAUACUCGCUCCCGAUGAAAACACCGUCACCUCAAUAUUCAAUAACAGGAGAUCACAACAGCCUACGGCGCUUUCCAAAAGCGUCUCAAUACAGAACAUUGCAGGGGUUGGGAACGAUGACAGCUUAAUACACACUUGGAAAUUUCUGUCACAGUCCACAGACUCUUUACAUAAAAUUAGCCGGGUGAAUGAAUCCACUGAGUCAUUGGUUGAUGAAGGUGCAGACAUGAACGAAGGGCAGCUGAUGGGAGACCUGGAACUAGAUUCCAAGCAGCUGGAGGCAGAGUCCUGGAGCCAAGCAGUAGACAGCCCGUUUCUACAGCAGCAAAACAAGGAUGUUGUCAAACGGCAAGAUGUCAUUUAUGAGCUCAUGCAGACAGAAAUGCAUCAUGUCCGCACCCUGAAGAUAAUGAAUGACGUGUACAGUGCGGGGAUGUUACAGGAGCUGCAGUAUGAUCAGCAAGUUGUGGACAAGAUCUUUCCCUGCCUGGAGAACUUGCUGCACAUACACAGUCAGUUCUUCCAGAGGAUUCUGGAAAGGAAGAAGGAGUCAUUGGCAGACAAAAGUGAAAAGAACUUUGUUAUCAAGAGGAUAGGUGACAUCCUGGUGAAUCAGUUCUCCGGAGAGAACGCUGAGAGAAUGAAGAAGACAUAUGGCAAAUUCUGUGGGCAUCACAAUGAGGCAGUAAAUUACUUCAAAGAUCUGUACUCAAAGGACAAACGUUUCCAGGCUUUUGUCAAGAAAAAAAUGAGCUCCUCGUUGGUGAGACGCCUUGGGAUUUCUGAAUGUAUCUUGUUGGUAACGCAGAGAAUCACAAAGUACCCGGUCCUGUUACAGAGGAUACUGCAGUACACUGCAGAAAAUGAAGUGGAACAUGAAGACUUGACUCAGUCAUUAAACCUUGUUAAAGAUGUGAUUGCCGCGGUCAAUAGCAAAGUCAGUAACUAUGAGAAGAAAAUGCGCCUUGAUGAGAUUUACAACCGGACGGACAGCAAGUCCAUCAUGAGGAUGAAGAGUGGUCAGAUGUUUGCAAGAGAGGACUUGAGGCAUCGGAAGCUCAUCCGAGAUGGGCCUGUUUCACUGAAAAAUGCAGCUGGGCGGUUAAAAGAAGUCCAGGCUGUUCUCCUCUCUGACAUGCUCAUAUUCCUUCAGGAGAAGGACCAGAAAUAUGUCUUUGCUUCACUGGACCAGAAAUCCACUGUGAUCUCUCUGAAGAAGCUCAUUGUGCGGGAAGUGGCUCACGAAGAGAAGGGUUUGUUCCUGAUCAGUAUGGGUGUGAAAGAUCCUGAAAUGGUGGAGGUGCACGCCAGCUCCAAAGAAGAGCGGAACGGCUGGAUACAGAUAAUUCAAGACACGAUAAGUACCAUGGAUAAAGAUGAGGAUGAAGGAGUCCCUUGCGAGUCUGAAUUUGAAAAGAAAUUGUCAGAUACAAGAAUCAGAGCACUGAAAGAACAACUUCAGCAGAAGGACAGGCAGAUCCUCCUCUUGCUGGAGGAAAAGGCCAAAAUCUUCAGUGACAUGGCAGACUCCUCUAUGCAAGAGGACAUGCCGGGUUCCAGACUGCUCUUCAGAGCCAACACUGAAGAAGCACCAAAAGGAGAGGCCAUUAUGAAAACCGCAAUAAAUGAAGUGGAACUGCUACAAGAGCUGGUGAACAGGAACCUGGGCAGCACCCUUGUGCAGCAGCUCAGCAGUGCCACCAUUGACGAAGAAGGAGUUGGCCCCAUCUCUCUUCCUAAACGGGCAGAAACUUUUGGUGGAUUUGACAGUCACCAGAUGAACGCCUCCAAGGGUGGAACAAAGGAUGAAGGCGACGAUGCUCAGGACCUACGGAGAACAGAGUCAGACGGUGUUUUAAAGAAGGGUGGAAAUGCGAACCUGAUGUUCAUAUUGAAAAGGAACAGCGAGCAGGUCCUUCAAAGUGUUACCAACCUCCGUAAGCUGCUCAGUGCUCUGCAGGGUGUUGUCCUACAGCAGGACACCUACAUUGAGGGCCAGAAGCUGGCCUUGAGUGAGAGGGCUUUGUCCCGAGGCUUCUUCCGCCCAACCUCGCUGCUGGAGCAGGAGAAGCAGCGCAACCUGGAGAAGCAGCGCCAGGAACUCGCCAACCUGAAGAAGCAGCAGGCUCAGCACCAGGAGGAGAAGCGGAGGGCAGAGAAGGAGUGUGAAGCACGGGAGAAGAAGCUGGCGGAGUUGGAAGUCCAACUGGCCAAGAGGGAGGAGGAGAUCCAGAAAGGGUGGCAGGAGCUGGAGUGCAGGCGGGAGGAGCUGAUGCAGUUGAAAGCCUCCUACCAGCUUGAAACGGAAAAGCUCCACAGUAAGCAGAAGCAGCUGGAUAAGGAGUGGGAGCAACUCAGGAAGGACAUGGAGCGACAACCUCAAAUGUGGUUGGAGCAUGAUGACAACCAGGUGUCAAAUCGACAUGAGAAACUUGCAAGGGUUUGCUCCCAGUCCAGCCUGGAAGGCACCUCCAAGCAGAAGAACCCCUCGUUCCCUAAGCAAGGGCACUCUGAUGUAGAACUGUCUGUCUCCCCAAAAAGGAACAAUCUUUCAAGGACACACAAAGAGAAAAGCACUUCCCAUUUACUUAGCACAACAAACCAGACUAACAAGGCAGCUGAGGAACAGCCCCAGAUGCCUACUCGCCUCUUCAGUUUAUCCAAACCAAAGGAAAAGAAGGAAAAGAAGAAAAAGGGCAGGGGACAUCGCUCCCAGGAAUCUGCUUGCUCUGCCUCAGAGGGAAUCAGGCUUUCAGUCUUUCAGAAGCUGCGUGGAAUCUUCCGGUCUGCCUCGGGACCCUCCAGCAGCAAUGCUGACAAUUAUUGUUCUGUUGUAGCUUAUUCUCAUUCAUCGGAAGCACCUCCAGAGGGUGAGGAGAUCUUCUGCUGAGUGGGGACAGAUCCAUCGGUCAUUCUCAGCUUUCGUUCAGUGGACAUCUCCCUGCCCGACCCACAGCACAGUGCUGGUGCCUGCACCUGACAAGCGUCUGGAGGUUUUCAUUAAAACGUUCUGCAAGUUUAUAAAGUGGUGGGAAAGGGCCUCUUUCCUUGGGUUUGAGUGCGUUGUCACCACAGAGGCUUCUUGCACAGCAAGUGGUACCAUCUCCCUGUGCAAACCUGGAUUCAGGUCGGUUGGGAUGGAUGUUUGCAGUCUGCUCGUACUGCUAAGGGAUGAGAGAACAUAGCCUUAAGGGGUCUGUGCCUUCAUAUUCCCCUUUUCUGGGGAAGGUAACCAAAACCAAGCAUUCAGAAAAAGAUUAGGACUCUACAAAUGGUGCGUACACACUGGCAUAUAUAGAUAUACUGUACAUACCCAUCUCUGUAUCUGUGUAUCCACUGGGAUAUGCUUUGGUCUGUACAGCCAAGCUGAGCUGGGCCCGUGGGGAUAGGUGAUACCUGAUGACUUUCAGGGAGUGUGUAGAUAUCAAAUAUCUUGCCCCACUGCCCCGGCUGUAACACCACUGACCCACACGCCCCUUGGUGCUCACAGUGUGGGUGCUGGGUUUCAGCAAGGUACUGCACACCAGGGAAGAGUAACAGUGUUCAAAAGAAAGAAAAAAAAACCAGGAAACAAAUAAAAUUGAAGAUUUCCAAAGAGAUUUUACAUGGGGCAGAGGAGUUGCAUGUCAAACUGUUUCCAGAAUCAAGCAGAACUUGGAGUAUAUUUAAGGUGAUGCUGAGAAGAGAAACUGGGGAGACUUGGAAGGCAACCCUAGGAAGCCAGGACAGAAAGUCAUCAAGUAGGAAGAAUGCUAAGCAGCUUUUGUUAAGCGCUCUCUUGGAGCUACAGCUCACUCCUUCCCAUAAAGACUUGUAUUGCUAGAAUCUGUUUCUCCAGUUGUUUGACAUCCCUUCAGCCAAGCCUGGUGGCUUACGGGAGAGGUGGCUGGAAAUCUGCUUUGAGGGACCUUGGUUCUGUUAUUUGUGCUUUCUUUCCUCCACUCUUUACAUUACUGCAAGGCUUUUCUUCCUCUGGAUUUUGUCAGCUUCUCCAGCUUGUUUCUAAGGCAGAGCAUCAGUGAUUUCAGAGCACAUUGGUGCAAUAGGUCAGAGCAGAGUGAACAUUGAGGAGACAGGUCUUCAGUCCCAUGUCUGUGCAACACUGUGCACUUGUCUCUGGGCAGAAAUAUAUAUUUGCAUGGACAAAACCACUGUGCAGCAGGUCCAAAGGCUGGCGUGCCAAGUGUGUGUCCUUCAUUGUGUGAGCACAUCUGUGCCACCCUCAGCAGAAGGGGAAGGUGUGAGGACAGCUCUCGAUGCAGAAUCAUAGAGUCAUUUCAGUUGGAAAAGACCUGUAGCAUCAUCAAGUUCAAUGGCUCACCUAGCACUGCCAAGUCUGCCUCUAAAGCGGCAUAUGCCGACAGUGAGGUGUUUAUACAGCUGUGGAGUACAGCAGGCAAGAGGAAUGCAGCAAGCCUCUUCUGUUCCCCGCAUGAUUAUUCCAAACCCUCUGAGGUCAGUUGGCCAAGUGGAUCUGUGAAUGGAGAUAGGACGUUAUCAGCUCCAAAACAACUCAAAGGUUUGCUCCGAGUUGGAAGCUGCUGAGCGCAUUUCCUUCCCUACCAGUUCUGCUUUAAUGUAAAAUAACCCAAAACCACGCAGCACAGCAGUUGUUCAGUUGCUCUGUUGUUUGAUUUAGCUUCUCCCAAGCUAGGAACACGCAGCAGUUUGCAGAGUCGGUUGCUGAUGAGGGGGAUGCUCCGAUGGUCUGUGCAGGAGCCUUGAGAGCCACCUGCUUGGUCUUGAAGCAAUCUGAACUACUAAAAUGAAAUGAAAAGGGGGGGGGAGGAAAGGAAGAAAGGAAAAAAAAAAAAAAAAGGGUUGAGAUUGAUUCUUACUUUGCUUUUUUUUUGUUAAUGUUAUUUGGUGCUCGUUCUUAAUUGCAAGCAGGGCUUGCAAAAUUAUUUAUCUUUCUGUUUAUUUGAAAGAGGUUUUGUUUUUUGUUUUAAAGAAGUUUACUUGGUUUUAUGUCUUUGUUUUGCUUUUUUUGGGGGGGAGUUGGUUUUUUUCUCCCCCCUUUUUUUUUUUUUCCUUUCCCCGUUAUGUUUUUAUUUUCUUACCAAGAGAUUGGUAAAAACCCAACAUUCUGAUUGCCUGCUUCCUACCCAGCCGGGCUGUGGGCAGUGCUGUGCCCAGAGUGACACGAUUUCAACUCAGAGCUUUCCAUAAGGCAGAGCAUCUUUAGGCCAGAAAAGUCUGGGAAGAGAAUUAGUGACUUUAGACAAGAGUUCUAUCAGCUCUUUUCUUUGGUUAAAUAUUUAACUUGGGUUUUCUUACGUUUCUUAGAGGCAAAGGGAGAGCAAAACACAACAGGGUCCUGCAGUGCUGUCAGGGCCUGGGUGGAUGUCUGGGCCGAUCCGGGCAGCUCUGCUUGGCUGGAAGUGUUGGUGUUAUCUUCUCAACAAGAAAAGCACCCGCUGAGCAGGUUAACUUCUGCCCCACUGUUUGCAUGGCUGGGAAAACACAUGUGCCAAGCUGAAGUUUUUGGAAACCAAACCAGUGCAUGGCUCAUUUAGUGUUGUAUAAACAGAGAUCAGGUCCUCGAUGUUUCUGAGCAUUCCCUGGAGCCUCCAGUGGCCUUUGCCAGUCUGAGCUUUUCUUCUCAUCCCGGUGUCUUUUUGCCACUACUGCUUGAAUUCACAAAGCAGGGGGAUGUUCUGUAGCUCUGAGAAGGGCCUCAGGAGGGAGAUCCAGGGCUGCAGGGCUGUGUGCCUGGUUUCAGUCCCUAUUCUGACCUGAGCAAUCCAAAAUGAGCACCCAGGGCCAUGGCCGAAAAUAGGGUUUGCUGCAUGAUCUCCAAACGUCCGUUUGUCAGAGAUGCUGUGGGUUUGAAUCAGAACUAUCCUGAAGGGAAAUACUGCACAUCAAAGCUGUUUGUGUCUGACAUCGCAGUGGGCAGACCUUUGUCCCUGGAGGAUGUACAUUGCUACAUGACUCACUUUGUUUGGAUUGAAGCCUUUACUCCCACGCUGCUUCUUCCUUCUGUUACCUUUAGGAAGGUGAGGACUUGUUUUUACCUCUUCAGCCUUUUGUUUUUUCCCACUCAGGUUUUCUUUGGAAAUGCUUGGCAUAGGUUCCCAGAGUCUGAUUCCCACUCUGAUCCCUGCAGGUUGCUUAAGGUUGUCUGCCUAGACUACAGUCCCAGUUCUACAGCACCUUUUCCCAGCCUUAAAAUUGUGUUUGCUUCAGCUCCAGGCCUGGCACCCAUCCUGCAGGUGCCGAGAGCAUGUUUUUCCUUCAGCCCAACCUGAUGUCAGGCCUGGUUCCCAGAGCCUCGAUCCCACUUAAAGUACCCAACCCUCCUCAUUCCAUGUGGGGUUCCUGGGGCAUAGAACAGUUUUGGCACUGUUUUAGAUGAAGUACAAAGGUGGUCAGUAUCAGCUGGGAGCGCCAGGAGACCCCAGGAGCAGCUAUAGGUGUAGGACUUGGUGGAGAUGUGUGGGGUUUGCCUUAGUUUCUCUUAAAUGAUGUGAUCAUCUCAGCAUGUGACUUUCUCUCAGUGUGAUGCCUUAAAGCACUUUAAAUGGAACUGGUUGUGUCGCUUUUCAGUUUGGUUACAUGGAGACAAUCAGCUGUGUUAUUGCUUUCCCCUCUGCAUGCCCAGCACAGCCUAAGCUGCACAGAGCAGUGUUACCAGCACCAGCCUGCCCUUGUUCUGGGAGGGGACAAAGGGCCAAGCGUUUGGUAUUGUUAUUAGACCAAAGUGGAUGUGAAUGUGACUAUGGUCCCACCGCAGGCAGGGUGAGCCCUUUCCCCACGGGAGAGCCCAGCAGUCAUUUGCUUAUGAAGCCCCCUGGCCUCACACCAUGGCGCUUAGGAGCAGGCAGGAGUGGAGCAGUUGGCUUCUGAUGGCCUGGCUGUGUCACCCUGUAUGACCUUAUGCUACCACCACCCUCCUCCUCUUGGAGUUUGACCACUGCUGAGAAGCAAUGCCAUGAGCUCAAGCGAGUUUGUACAGCCUUCCAAAGGCAAGAGCAUCUGUAGAGCCUGAAGUCUUUACACCUUCCUUGCUGCAUGAGGAUAUCUCAAAUGCCCAAACCCAGUCCUUCCCAUUGCUACUGGGUCAGGAGACUCUAUCCGGUACCAAACGCCAAGGAAGCUGUGUAGGGUGUCUGGCACAGAGCAAGGGAGGAAUGGGCAGGGGGCACAGGAAAGAGCAUCUGCUUACAUCCCACAAAACAUUCCUUGUUAACCAGAAGUCUGGAAGUUAUUCUGCCUGCUGGUCAGGUUUGGGAAUUCAACAUAAUUUAAGGCACCCUUUUAAAGAAAAUAAAAACCCCAACCCUCCUGUUCUGCUCCUAACUCUUGCGUUGCUUGUCAGAAGGGGCAGCAAUCAGCGAUGAGUUCUUGACCCGACGAUGCAGCUAAGUUUUAAUGAUAGGCAAACUGAACUGGAGACACCUCUGGCUCCUGGGGCAUGGGAAGCACAGCGCCAGCUCCCAGCCCACCUGCAUUAUGGGGCUCGGUGCUUUUCCUUCCACACGCAUUUCACUGACACUGAUGCUUUGCCCAAAUAUAUUCUGCUUCCUUCGCUUGGGGGGGGAUUGGGGGUCAGGAUGAUGUUCACUGCUUGGCCUACAGCUGUGAGCUUUGUGUGUAUUUAAGCUGUCUAUAGGUAUCAAUCAUUUCCAUGCUCUGAAAGUAUUUUAUUGCUCUAUCGAUAUUAAACGGUGACUCAACAAAAAACAAUCUGACUUCCAGUUCAGUUCGCCUAUGGUUAAAGUUUAGCCUGGUGUUUGUUUUGUACUAAUAUGGAAUGCACUUGAGUAAUGCCCAGGGCGUUAGGAGGUGUAUUACAACAAGCCCAUAUACCUCUGCCUUUGGUUUGUUUCUUAAAUGAAAAAGAGAAAAAAUAUGCUUUGCAUUUUCAUGUUGAACCCAUUAAAAGUUUUAAAAAGAAAAAAAAAAAAAUUUUAAAAAAAAGAGGGUAAAACCUAAUUGCUGUAUGUUAAUUUGUAAUUAUGUAAAAAGUGAGCAGGUUAUUGACUGUAAAAUUCUUCAGUUUUUUCUGUAACUUGCCAGAAACCAUUAGGUUUUGUAACAAGCUUUUAUUUAUCUUCCUUUUUAGUUAUUGGCAUCAACCUCUUGUAAAGUCAUUUUUCCUCUAAAUAAAUUUGAUUUUAAGUCUGA